AUGAACGAACUCGAGACAGUCUUCAACCACUUUGACGCCAACGGCGACGACAAGAUCUCCGCCGACGAGCUCGACAACGUGCUCUGGUCGCUCAAAUCCGGUGUCUCUCCGGAGGACCUCCAUCGUGUCAUGGAAGACCUCGACACCGAUUGCGACAGCUUCAUCAGCUUCACGAAGUUUGCCGCCUUUUGUCGCUCUGACGCCUCCACCGAUGGCAGAUCCAGCGAGUUUCGCGACGCCUUUGAUCUCUACAACCGUGACAAAAAUGGCCUCAUCUCCGCCGCAGAGCUCCACCUUGUGCUCAACCUCCUCGGCCUCAAGUGCUCCAUCGACAAAUUUCACGACAUGAUCAAGUCCGUCAAUGCCAACGGCGGCGGCUGCAUCAACUUUGAGGAGUUCAAGACGAUGUUGACAACCUCCAAGAAUUGUGGCGGCACCACCAAUGGCUCCAUCCAUUAG